GACUGUGACCCUUGACCUUUAGCUGUCAGUAUGAGCGGUCUGGCAGGGAAGCUAGACCCUCGGAGGGUACAAUGGGGCUCGACGUGGAACACCUUCACGUCCCGUGUCCUCAGGACCAAACCUGUGGAGUCCAUGUUGGACUCGGCCAUGUCGGGCACCGGUGCACAUGGGACCAGACUGGCCCGGGUCUUAUCGACAGUGGACCUGGUGUCGCUGGGCGUGGGCAGCUGUGUUGGGACAGGGAUGUAUGUGGUCUCGGGGCUGGUUGCCAAGGAGAUGGCAGGACCGGGGGUCAUUGUGUCCUUUAUUAUCGCCGCUGUGGCCUCCAUACUGUCAGGAGUGUGUUAUGCAGAGUUCGGCGUGCGGGUGCCUAAGACUACAGGUUCAGCCUACACCUACAGCUAUGUGACCGUGGGCGAGUGUGUGGCGUUUUUCAUCGGCUGGAACUUGAUUUUGGAGUAUCUGAUCGGCACGGCAGCAGGGGCGUCGGCUCUCAGCAGCAUGGCAGACUCGCUGGCCAAUCACAGCAUCAGCAACUUUAUGAUUUCACACAUCGGGACGCUCAAUGGUUUGGGUAAAGGGGAGCAGUCGUACCCGGACCUGCUGGCGCUGCUGAUAGCGUUGCUGGUGACGGUGAUAGUCGCUUUGGGAGUGAAGAACUCUGUGGGCUUCAACAACGUGCUGAAUGUCAUCAACCUCAUCGUGUGGGUGUUCAUGAUGAUCGCCGGGCUGUUCUUCGUCAACGGAGAAAACUGGGACGAGGGGAGAUUCCUGCCCUUCGGCUGGUCGGGGGUGAUGCAGGGUGCAGCCACCUGUUUCUAUGCCUUCAUCGGGUUUGACAUCAUUGCUACAACAGGAGAGGAGGCCAAGAGUCCCAACACCUCCAUCCCCUAUGCCAUCACUGCCUCACUCAUCACCUGCCUCACUGCCUACGUCUCUGUUUCUGUGAUCCUGACUCUGAUGGUGCCGUAUAGUGAGAUUGACGCAGACGCCCCGCUCAUGGAGAUGUUUGCCUUGCAUGGGUGUAUGUUCGCAAAGUAUAUUGUGGCGGUGGGCUCCAUAGCGGGACUCACUGUAUCCCUCCUGGGAUCUCUGUUCCCCAUGCCCAGAGUCAUCUACGCCAUGGCGGGGGACGGCCUGCUGUUCAAGUUCCUGGCCAACGUGUCUUCCUACACAGAGACCCCUGCUGUUGCCUGCGUGGUGUCAGGCUUCCUGGCUGCCCUGUUGUCCCUCCUGGUCAGCCUCAGAGACCUCAUAGAGAUGAUGUCCAUAGGAACCCUGCUGGCCUACACCCUGGUGAGCCUGUGCGUACUCCUGUUGCGUUACCAACCUGAGGGCGACAUCCACGGCUUUGUGAACUUCCUCUCUGAGGAGCAGAACAACAAGAGAAAGGAAGGCGUUCUGGCUGAGUGCGAGAAAGACGCCUGCUCACCAACUAGCGAAGCAGAUGAGUUCGGAGGUCCGACCACUAACACCUGCGGAGCCAAAAACCUGCCGUCGCUCGGUGACAACGAGAUGCUGAUAGGCAAACCAGAUAAAAAUGCCUACACUGCCAGCCACCCAAACUAUGGCACCGUGGAUAUGACCACUGGCAUCGAAGCAGAAGAGACAGAAGGCGGGAUGUCUCGGCGAUUGAAGAAGCUCAUCGGGCCGCGCUACUACACCUUGAGGAUCAGAUUGGGCCUCCCAGGAAAGAUGGACCGGCCAACUGCAGCCACAGGGAAAACUGUGACUGUGUGUGUGCUGCUCCUCUUCAUUUCCAUCUUUGCUUUCUGCUCCUUCAUCAUUUUUGGAGCGAGCAGUAUUGGGGAGGGUCGCUGGUGGGCUUUGCUGCUUUUAAUCUUCUUCAUUAUCUUCCUUGCCCUGCUCAUCAUCAUCAUCCUCCAGCAGCCAGAGAACCCUAAGCGGCUGCCCUACAUGGCGCCCUGCGUUCCCUUUGUACCUGCUUCGGCCAUGCUGGUUAACAUCUACCUCAUGCUUAAACUGUCCGCCAUCACCUGGAUACGAUUUUCAAUCUGGUGCCUCGUGGGUGUGCUCAUCUACUUUGGCUACGGCAUGUGGAACAGUACGCUGGAGAUCACGGCCAGAGAGAACGAGGUGCACGCCUCCACCUACCAGCGCUAUGAUCAAGGUGUGGACGAAGGCUUCUGCGGCUUCGACGAUGAUUUCUACCCACCAACCACUGACGCCUGGGGUGCGCCAGACGGGGGAUCAGGGCUCACCCCACCCCCUGAAGCGAAACCUGAAAGUGACGGGGCGCCAUCGAAAGGCAGGACCAUUGCCAAUCACGGCCUCGCCGAGGAGGAUCCGAUGGAUUUCUGAAGGGACUGACUCUGUGUUACCCUGAAUGUACUGCCUUGUCUGCUGCCUGGGGAGAGGGAGGGGGAACAGUCGUGCGAGUGCAUGAGAGACUGUGUGUGUGCGAGUGUGUGUGCAUGCCUGCAUGUGUGUGUGUGUACUUGUUUGUGUCAAACCCUUGGGCUAGAUCGUUGUUUGGCAGCGGAACGUCACUCACCUUACUCCACCACGCUCGGCGCCCCCCGGCUCACACAGCAAAUGAGGACGUCAAGGUCGAGCGUCUUGUCACAGUCACUUGUUAUUCACUUACUGGAACUCCACAUCCCACACAAACACAGAACAGAUAGAAAAGUGCCGACGAAGCAGGAGAUAAAAUAUGUGUUUCAGUGCACUGUGAGCCAUGAAACAUUGUUUAUAGAGCAGUCGGUUAACUGUAUAUGUCAGAAUUUAUGGGAUAUAGGAGCAGAAGGUGAUGAGCACGGACAGGGACAGAUGAAUCAGCACCUCUCUUCCUGUUUCAACUCAGACACACAGGAAAUUUAGAUGACAGCAUGCCAAGCCCAAGCUAUUUCCUAUGUACAGGUCUGACUUUCUCUGCUCAUAUCCUUUUCGACAACUCUCAAAAACACAAAAAAACUUGCUUUAAUAUAAAAAAAUGCUCUCUGUCUGUCUUCAAAUCUUUCCCCUGACCCCUAACAUCUAGCCCAAGGGAUUCAGGACCGGAUCGGGAAGAGGGUGUUGAUGUUUUCUGUCACAAAUAGUACUUGGACUUUGCUUGCAAUAGUGCCUUCAUCUACUGUAUGUGUAUGUGAGUUUCUGAUUAUGUCUGUUUUCUACUUUAAUUUUGCCUGUUGUACGUGUGAGGGUGUAUGUGCAAUCAAACUCCACCUUUUACAUCGAUUCUCACGUCUGUGUGUGUGUAGAUAUAAAGCGUGUUCUUCAGGUUGUUUUACUGUGUAUGUGUAGGUAUUUGUUUUCGCUCUUCCCACUCUUUGCCCCAGCAUGAAGCUCAAAAUCAAUCCACUGGCAACAAAGCAGCUCAUGGUGCAAUGUAACACAUGCUCGUCAGCUCGUCGGUGUACCUAGAAAGAGGAGAGAGUAGACAAACAGAGAGAGAGAGAGGACAGGUUGAAUCCUAAUUGACAGCCUGCAUGGUUUAUUGUGAUGAAUGUCAUAUUUUCUGUGUGCUUGUCUCUCCGUUGAUGCAGUUGUUGUUGCUAUUUACCAGGACGGGGAAGGAAUUAGUUUUCAGUUCAUUCAGUUCAGGAAAUGGAUUUUCUGCAUGGGCUGUAUCUUUUUACCCAGGGAAGAAAACAAAUUUAGAGACUAUACAAAUUUUUUCAUUGAGGGAGAGGGGUCAGAAAAGGGGGAGGACACAUAUAUCUAUCUGUAUUUAUAUUUUUAGCUCUCUAGAUAGAUAGAUAGAUCUUUUUUCUAAAGGGUGGGUAGUGUGACUUUUUUUUAGUGCAGGUGAGGGUCAUUUAAUUAUCGCUUGUUUUCCAGUUUUAGUUUG